AUCCAAUUCAGUUCGACGCAAGUCUUUGUCGUGAUUAAGUCGAAAUAUCAAAAUACGUAUCCAAUAAUAUAAAUAGCGUCCAAUGAUAAUAAAAAUACGUCCUUAAUCGAAUUGAAGGAUAAUAACAACGAAAAAAAAAAAAAAAUAAAUUGUGAUUUUGUUUACUUUAACUCAAACUUAUACACACACGAAUAUACCAAAUUAAAAUACGUGUUUGUGUUACCAAAAUCAAAGCAAACAGAAAAUAUACAAAAAAAAAAAAAAUAAAGAAAAUCAAUUUUUAUGAACCGAGCAAUAAUUUUACCGGGUUCGUGCGAGGAUAAAAAUCAGUUUAAGUCGUUCGAGCCUUAAAUAUUAUUUACAGCUUUGCUAUAUGACCCCAUAACUUAUACUUUGUUGCAAGCAAUUAUUGCAAUCAAGCUAAGGCCACACUGCAACUAUUCUUGUCUUGUGGCUUUCGAAGAACUUCUGUAACGAUUCUAGUUUACGUGCGUGUUCUUGAAUACUCUCCAAACAGAAUUACGUAUUACAAUUCGAAUCGCGAGGCAUGUUAGUCCGUUUUUAUUUCCAUAAAAAACACCAAGUUAUAGUAGUUGAAACACCUACCAAUAAUAAUCUAGGACAACGAAAGGAUAUUCAACCGCAGGCGGAUACAUUUUACUACCAUGACAUUGCCAACGAAGCCGCACAACGAAUAUAGGUCAUCAAAACAAAACGAAAAGUAGAAGUUUUCUGUGCUACUAUACAUCAAUUUUAACCCAUUCUAUACUAUCACAAAGUUAUACGUUUAUAGAGCUCUUUUUUCUUCUUCGGAUUCAAAUGUGAAACUUAAAAUUCCCCGACUCUUGACCUCUUUUUCUAUUUUUAUUUUCUUUCCUCGUUGUGCUGUUUGGUGCAUCUUCGUUUUAACAACUUCAAUUAUAUAUUGGUCCAUCAGGUUGUCUAAGGAUACGUGAAUAGUUGCUAGAUAUCGGCAUCUCCGGGUGUGUGUAUAUGUUAGAGUAUAUAAAACCGUCAGCAUAGUGUUAUAAGAUGUUGUGCUUCAAUCUAAAAUUGGCCACCAUUUUUCGAUCUUAUCGUGAGGAGUCUGUACGUGACCGCAGCCAAAGUUUAUGUGCACCUCCGAAUCGUGCCCCACCAAAUAAGGAUAUUGGUGCUUUAAGGGUUCUUCAGCGACGUGCUUCGAGUGUGAUCUCUUCAGCAACUGAAUUGAUUUCAAGGCGAGGAGUUUUUGCACGUCAUCAUUAUGGAUCCGUUGACCAGCUGCCACAAUCAGAAGUUGAUGGAUUCGAUCCGAAUUUCAAAAGAUUUCGCAUUGAAAAUGGUGAAUCGCUGGCAGAAAAGGAUGAGGUAUUUGGAUCGCCGAGUACACCUAUCCUUGAAAAUCCUGAACAUCAGACGAGAUGGUAUUUUAAAUACUUUUUGGGCAAACUUCAUCAAAACUAUGUUGGAAUUGAUGUGGAAAAGAAUCCAUACUUUUUGUCAGUUGUCUCACAAGAAUCUGGAAAUCAAGGAUCUCCAUUAAAUAGAGCGAUAUUGUUUAGGAAACAGGGUGCACAAAAGAUUGCUUUGCCUUGCAUGGCUGGACAGAAAUUGACAGUUAAGCAGAUUCUAGCCCAUUUCUCUGGCAUUGAUGCGUCGACAAAAAACCCCAAGGAAAUAUACGCAGCCGAUAUACAAAAGGACCUGCUGCUUCUGGAGGAGCAAGAGGGUUCGGUUAAUUUUAAAUUCGGAGUGGUUUAUAUGCGGCAAGGACAAGAGUGUGACGAUGAGAUGCUUAGCAAUGAGGAAUCCAGUCAAGACUUUGAAGACUUCCUUGAUGUGUUGGGGGAACGUGUUCGUCUGAAGGGUUGGGAUCGUUUCCGAGGUGGUUUGGAUGUUAAAGGUGAUAUGACUGGGAAAUAUUCCGUGUAUACAUUAUACGAAGGACAUGAAAUAAUGUUUCAUGUGUCGACAUUGCUGCCUUUUUCCAGAGAUAAUCGACAACAGGUGGAGCGGAAAAGACAUAUUGGAAAUGAUAUUGUAAAUAUUGUUUUUAUCGAUCAGAAUGCAAACAACACUGACAAAAUAUUACCAACAAGUUUUGAUCCCAUGUGGAUUAAGAGCCAAUUUACUCAUAUUUUUGCUGUUGUGACUAAAGUAGAGAACACUUAUCGCUUAGCUAUUUUCUGUGAUGAAACUGUACCUCCGUUUGGACCAACUUUACCGGAUCCACCUGAAUUUUCUGAUGUUUUCAUGUUUCGUGAAUUUCUCCUAGUUAAAUUGAUAAAUGCAGAAAAGGCAACUUUCCAAACACCCACUUUUUCCCAAAAACGUGAGCGUACUCUUGAAAUGCUUAUUAAGGAUCUGCACGAAGAGUAUGUCCACGACAGCAAAUUGAACAUGCUGAACAGGCGAGCAUUCUCCGAGGUGCUAUACGAUGUGCCACGUGCUUCAAAACUCAAAGAGGACGCAAGACAAAUUGAAUUUGUUCGCAUCGGACAGGCGCUCAAAUUGGAAGCUAUCGUGCGUGGUGAUGCCCCAACAAGUAUAGCCUCUGCAAGUCCUUGUACGAUAUUCAAGAAACCACCAUGGGAGCCACAAUGUUUUUAUCCAGCAUUUCAACAUCGAGGUACCCUUGCAGGAGAUUCAUUCAAUCAUGAUAGCAUAUUCAUGGCCACUGACGAUGGUACUUUUCUUAUAAAGGAUGACCAAUCACUACAACUCAUAUUUGACAAAACGUUUUUUGUGAAGCAAUUGAGUGUGCUGGAAGAACAUGGACUGCUGAUAAUACGUGGUGGAUCUGCUACCAAUCGUGAUUCUAAUCGAAUUCAUGUUUUCCGGCUAAGAGAAUUUAAGGAAGAAGUUAUUCGAGUGCGAGGUCGAAAUGAAGUCAAGGAUAGAAGAAUAGAACGCUCGAGGGGGUGUCAUCUUUAUGCGAGUUCAAAAAUCAAUGGUGGCCAUUUGCGGUUGGUUGUUGCUGUAGGGAAGAAACUACAGCUGUUUCAGUGGAAGCACACUGCAGCAUGGGCAUCGUGGUGUGCUGAUAGUGAUACGGAAACGGUGGAUGGGUUUAUAUUCCAAAAGGAGAUUCAGUUGUGCGAAUCACCGGCUAUAAUGACAUUGCUUGAAGGACCCACGAAUACAAAUACUGGAGGUCUUAUUUGUGUUGGAUAUAGGUACUACUACGAAGUGGUUUGUGACCAAACCGGAUCAGCAACUCGACUUUUUGAAGUGGAUGCAUCAAAACGAAACCAAGCACAACUAAAUGCAGCAAUUGAACUUUGUGAUGGCCAAGAAACAGAACUGCUUUUAUGCUAUAAUCAUACUUGUCAUUUCCAAAAGCUGAACAAAGACACAACAUCCACAGAAUUUGAUUUCCACUGGAACACAUCCCCCACAUCUAUUGUCUGUGCAUUUCCUUACAUUUUUGGCUUCACUUCUGAUUCCAUUGAAAUUCGAUUGUUGGUCAAUGGUAAUUUGGUGCACACUGCCAUAAUGCCCGAACUGCAAUUGAUCACAUCGAAACGUGACAUCUACUUUGUAACUACAGCACCGGAAUUUAUAUCCAAGGAUUUGAAUAUUAAGGGUUUGCAAAUAAAUGAAAAUACUCCUGAACGUAAGAUCAAAAAGACUCCUAGCGAUACAUCAUCCAGUGAAGAACUUUCCAGAACUCCCGAAAGGAAACAUUUCGUUGAAAUUCCCAUCAAUCCUGAAAAUGAGCUUCAAACCCUUUUAGCUCUUCCAGUUAGAUGUGAUGGUGGAGGAUCCCCAUCAAUCCAGCGAGCUAGAUCACUUCAAAAAACGAACAACAUCAACGAGGAUCUCAAGCCCGUAAUUGCCAAAAGCAAUUCGUGUGGUGAUCCAUAUCGAUCGGACAAUGCAAAAGACAGAGAACACCUCGAUCAGCCAAGUGUUCCGCCAAAUUCUCCAAGAUCGGCUGGAAACCAACAAACUCAACAACAAAAAUGUGGUUCUCCAAUGUCUCCGACAAAGCGAAACUCAAAAUACCGAAGUCUCUUUACAAGUGGUUCUGGUGAUGCUUCAUUUAGUUCUCCAGACCGUCUAAAACCCCUACGCAUUUAUCGAAUACCCUUGUCCAAACUGACUGGAACUCAAUCACACUUUCAUGCUCAUUCCUUUAGUACUUCAACAUCAUCGUCUGGAUCAUCGGCUGCAACUGCAACAACAACAACUUUCAAACACUCAAUAGAUGUCCCCACAAUCGCAAGUCGUUCCUAUGAAUGACAUCCGAGUGCAGCUGAUUUGAGCUUGAGCAAUUUUAAUGAAUCAAAAGUCAACGGAAAAGGCAUUGAUGUCAACGAAAAUUCAACAGUUAAGGCUGCUGAAGACUGUGGAACAACAGCAAUGUGCAAUAAUAUGUGUCAUUCAAUUGAUUUUCAAUACUUGAUCUCACAACAACUUUUGAGGUUUCAACAAAACAAAAGCAGACAAAACUAAAAACAAAUCUUGAAAAAAAUAAACUUUACAGAGGCUCUUGAUAGUAAACAACAAAAAAAAACUAUAAAAAAAAACUUUCUAUUGCUAUUUAAUAUAAAGUGUUGAACUUUUUCUUAGAGAAAAGAUUAGACAUCAAUGUGACAUAUAUUUAUAAAUAUUAGACAUGACUGCACUUAAAACAUAAUAAAUUAUAUCAUUUUUUUUCAACUGUAUAUUAUGUCAAAAACUUCAAUUUUUUUUUUGUUUAAUUCUUUUGUAUAAGUUUUUUUUUUUUUCUUAAUUUUAAUUUAAACUAUUUAAUGGAUACU